AUGCGUGGGCUCCUGGAGGAUGCGCUGGACUCCGGAGACGUACUGGAGCUUGAGAGGGCUAUCAUCAGUGUGCAAAACCCCGUCUUCGCCUCGCCGCACCGACGGCGUGAAAACAACUAUCUCAAUGAUAUUCUGCUGAAGUGCAGGAAGGCGCUUGUUCAGCAUCUUGAGGAGUGUGGAUCGCUGUUAAAACCACUUCGACGAGCCUGCCGCAACCUCGACGAGGAGGCACUUAGAGAGGCGCUCCGGAAAGUUCAUCUUGCACCAUCUGAGCUGCGUCGCUACAUGCAUACAGACAUUCAGCAAGCUGAGGCACUGCACAGCCGCAUGCUCCAUGCCGCGGAUCAAGCACACAUGCUUUUAAACUGUAGUGAUUGGCGAGAGAUAGAGCACUUUCUUGACGCGAACACUGCUAUACUUCCUGAUAGAACAGUAGUGGCACUUAUGCGGCGAAGGGAGGCACUCUUCGCACAACGCCGCAUGAUGCCCGUGGAUCCUAUAGUGCAUGUACCAGUGUUAUCGUCAACACCUUUUUUUACUGGUUCCUGGCGAAAAGACGAGAGUGGAGAGGCCACUGCGACCAUGACUCCGGGAACGCUAGAACAGGAAGAAAAAGACCAUCGCUGCGUCUUAGUUAGGGAGGAACACGCACAACGCGUGCUGUAUCUGAAGUUGGUGAUGGAGUCACAGGCAUUGUUGCUGUCACCCACCGACGGUGAUGGGGCCACAUCAACGCAGUGCCGUGUAGCCCAGGCGGAGAAGCCAAUAACGCAUCAGGGAACCCCAGGCGCAUCACCGUCGAACGGGUUGCAGAAGAGCAACAGCCGAAGGUUUUCUACGAGUACUGCGGCAUCGCCAAAUGUUUCACCCAUAAAACUGAGUUCACUGAUGGAUUCUGCCCUUCGGCCGGAACAACGGCCGCCUGCACUCAACACUUCUGCUGCGGUAGAAGUUCCCAACGACAGUUUAGAUUUUGCCGUUGUGUGUAAAUCUACCUCUUCCAUGUCACGAGAGCCUCAGUUAGUUACGUUGCCGAGGGUGUGGGCACAACUUCGUGCCCUGAUGCAAGAGGAGGACAUUCAUCGUCGUGACUUGGAGGGGAACGAAAGCUUUGAGCGCAGCGUGUUCCUGCUUCCAAUGGCUGCACGGAGUGUCCUUCUCACACGCGUCUUUCCGCGACGGCAGCUGUAA